AUGGCCAUUGUCUUUGCUGCAGCCGUUUGGCUUCUUUCCAGUAGCAUUACAGCUACACCUAUCCAGUCAUCUCAGCGACCUAACGGGAACUGCAAACAAUUCGAUAUUCCGAUAUUUGCAACUGCACCCAGUGCGACCUACGACAUCCCCAGAGUCAACAACGAUAUUGAAGCAACAGCAUGGGCAAUCUAUGAUGCCACUCGAAGCACUGUGCACGGGGUAGGAAACAUCAUCAAGAAUACAACAACAUCCGGCACUUUCAAAAUUCACGCCCAACUGUGCGUCCCGAAAUCUUCUCAGAAGAAAGAUAUCAUACAGAUCGCCACUCAUGGAGUUCACUAUGAUUCAAGAUACUGGGACUCGGAUUUUCAACCAGCGGAACACUCCUACGUUGAUGCUUCCCUGAAAGCUGGAUAUUCUAUUCUGACAUAUGAUCGCUUGGGCGUUGGUCAGUCUGACCACCCAGACGCAUAUGAGGUAGUUCAAGCACCUCUGGAACUUGAGAUCCUUCGACAAUUGACUUUGAUGGCUUAUAACGGCACAUUAUACACGUUCGCCAAGCAGGCAAGACCAAACGACGCAGCGUUCAACAACUUGACCAAACCGGAAAAAAUCGUACACAUAGGCCACAGUUUCGGAUCCUUCCUUACCUCCGCAUUCAUAGCCAACUAUGGCAACCUCACUGACGGCGCAAUCAUCACCGGUUACAUCUACCAGCAAUUCCUUGCGCAAACUGGGUCCACAACCUUCAGCGUCGAAUACGCAGGCACCAGCAAUCCACCCUACAAAGGAGGCAGCGGAUACGUCGUUGCCAGGAAGAACGGUAUCCAAAACGUUUUCUUCGGCGGCGAUAUCAAAACCGCAUAUACACCAGCAAUGCUCGAGUACGGCAAUUCCAUCAAGCAGCCCGUUCCAAUCGGCGAGUUCGCUUCAGCGUUCUCGCUCCUCGGAAACGUCGGGCUUUCGUUCAAAGCUCCCGUGCAAUAUCUGUUGCCUGAGAAUGACUUUUAUAUAUGUCGGGGUGAUUGCAAUGGGUUGGCGGAUGCGGAUGAGAUUAGGAACACGACGUAUCCUCAUGCUACUGCUAUUGAGGUUGCGAUUCAGCCGAACACAGGACAUGCGCUGCCGCUUCAUAAUAAUGCUACUGCUGGAUUUCAACUCACUUUUGAUUUCUUGGCUAGGAAUGGGUUGUAG